AAAAUAUAGUUAAAUAAUCACUCUUUAUUCGUAUGUUGAAAAUAUAGACCAGAUGGAGUUACUUGUCUGAAUACUUUAAAAGUUUUGAGGUUAUAGCAAUUUUCUACAAGGACAACAUUAUCGUGAUAUAGCAUAGUUUAGGUAAAAAGUCGUCCUUUCAUUCGGACGAAAGAUAGACUAUUAAAUUAAUUAUGUGAAUUAAAGCUCACUGACUAAUUCUAUGUCGAUGAUAUGUCGGCUUCAAAUAACGUUAAAAUAAUGCAAGCAUACAGAUUGGCCUAUCUGGCCGUCUGACAAAUAUGAAUUUAUGGAAUAAUUUUGUAACUUUAAUAAUUGAUCAUGGUCAAGGAAAAACCAAAUUCAAUCCGUAUUUACGAUUCAGAAGGUUAUAGACGUAGAGCUGCAUGUAUCUGCGUUAAAAACGAUCUUGAAGAUGAGGUACUUUUGGUUACAUCCAGUCGUAGACCUGAUAGUUGGAUAGUACCUGGUGGAGGUGUUGAACCGGAAGAAGAACCUGCAGUAACAGCAUUGCGAGAAGUUCGAGAAGAGGCUGGUGUUUUAGGACAAUUAGGCAGAUGUCUUGGUAUAUUUGAGAAUGUGGAACACAAACAUAGAACACAAGUAUGGGUUAUGAGAGUAACCGAAGAAUUGCCAGAAUGGGAAGACUCACGCACUAUUGGUCGAAAACGAAAAUGGUUCUCUAUACCAGAGGCCUUGCUUCAGCUUGCUCAGCACAAGCCCGUCCAACGUUCUUAUAUACACAGUCUCCAUAAUACUAAUCCUCGACAUAAUCCUAAUAUUUCACCAUCUCAUCAUUCACAUACCACUGUAACAUCUAUUCAAUUAAUGAAUAAUUCUAGUAACAAUUCUCAUUUAAACAAACAUAGCUAAUAUUAAAUACCAUCCAUUUGCGUGAAUAAUUGCUAUUAUGUUUGAUAUUUGUUACUGCUCCUUUUCUUUCAUAUUCAGUUAUAACAAUUAAAAAAGUUAUAUUUUAUAU